AUGACCACACAUCUUGUUUGUCAUCCUCUCAAUCGUGGUUCGUCUCAACGUCACGAUCUCCCUCCGAUCAACAAAACUCCUUCUCGCUAUCGCAAAAACUCCUUCUCGCUAUCGCAAAAACUCCAUCUCUCCCCUAAAAUUCUGUGGCACAACUCCUUUCAUCACCGACGAUUUCCUCCUCUGACCUCCACCUUCGUCUCAAAUCAUCAGUUUCGUUUAUCGUUAUCAAAUCGUCACUGUGAUGCAACAACAAAAGCUAGGACAAAAAUUAGGAAAUUAAAGUCGUAA